AUGCUGAACAGAGUGGCGUUGGCCUCCAUAAAUACAAACGUCGACACUCCACGGUCACGGUGUCGGCUGCCCAAGCUGAACGGUGGUUCGCUUCCCUUGACGCCUUCGACAACCCCAAAGUUGGCGCUUGCAAAAACAACAUCGUCUUUGGUUCCCCUGGCGUGCCUGGCGCCUCCAGCUCGGAAGACCGAAAGCUUCUCCCACUACAGACUCGCCCAUGGCAAGAACGUCAAGGCCGACUUGGCCGCCACCAAAUUGAAGCUCCGCUUGCAAUUGGCGUUCUACAAGUUGAAGGCUCAAAAGGACUCCCUGGUGGCUCGCCAGGGCCCGGAGAUCACCGUGUCUCCUACCAUAAACGAGAAGGAGGAGCCCAGAACGUUCAAGUCCGCCGCAAACGUGAAUCUACAAAAGCCACGCAGCAGCUCGGGGCCCUCCUUGAACUCCGUCGCCAGCAAGGUCUCGAAAAAAAAGAAAGCCUUGCGCUUGUACCACAUCAAGCCGCUGCUGUCGUUCCACAACGCGUAUCCACAGCUGCUUCCACUCACAGGCUCCUCUGGCCAGCGGCUUCCUCCGGUCCACAAGAUCUUGAAGACGCCCAUCAAAACCACCACCCGCAACUUGGUGCUGUUGUACGGCCACGGCGGCUCUCUCUCGAACUUUCAGAUCGCCAAAAACGACAAUAGCGACGAGACCAUCGACGACGCUGCCGACGAAACAUCCACCGACGUUCGCAAAAAGGACAUGUUGGGCUCCUCCCCUACUCGCUUCGGCACCUUCAGCACGCCUAACAGCUUUUCCGUUGCCAAAUCCUUGUUGCAGCUUGGCCUGGGCUACUACUGA